GAGAGAGCAUCAUCACCAUCAACAUCACCAUCGCCAUCACCAGGAAGUCCGUUGCGGUAUCAAAGGGACGCGAGGGAACGGGAAGGGAAGGGAAGGGAAAGAGAAAGAGAAGAAAAAGACAGAGACCAUGUCUCUGGUGCAGCUCUCACACAUCUGCUCACACCUGCAAAACGCCUCCCUCGCACGCCUGGGCCUGACUUCGAUCCCAUACACGAAGCUACACCUCUCCUUAGCCCUGCUCCUCCAGAAACAAGGCUUCAUCUCGCAGCUCAAGCUCGGGGGGCCAUCGCCGCCUGCUUCGGUAUUCGGCCAAGGCCCGCGAGACAACCACCACCUCACCAACUACCCCCAUGGCGCUGCCGGGAGAGAUCGAUAUAGCCCCGAGGCCGCCCUGGCUUUGGUCGUGAGAAAGCGCCUGACAUCACCGCAGUUGCAAUCUCUGGGAUUCCCCCCGGAAGCCAUCGAAUUCGCACAACGGCAUGGGAGAAGGACGCUGGAGGAUCUGGAACGUCUAGGAUGGGCUAGGCAGAUACCGCGCUUCCUCAGCGACCUACGAGCGCAGGUCGAUGCCUUGGUGGAAGAGCGAGACGAAGAGUUCCGGCGGCAAAGCUAUGAGAGUGACCGACUCCACAGCACCGCAGAGGCCAACAGGAGGAUCGCGCAGUUGGAAGAGAAGCUGGGUGAUACGCCAGAGCGACGGCGAGAAAUUGCGAUGAGAGACGUGCUUGCUGGUCGGUCCCCGGCAGAACUGGAAAUUUAUCGAAAAUACGGCAACGUUCCAUUGCACGAGCUGGAAACCACGCGCUUCGAUCUGGACACGCUCACCUCGCUUGCGGGAAAGAACUCAUACAUGACCGAGCGUGAGAUCAAUCUCAACGGAAUCACCAUCGAGGCCAUGGGCUUGCCGGUAUCGAAGCAGUCCGUCACACUACCCGUCGAAGACUUUCAAGAUCCAUCUCUCAUGGAGACGGAGGGACUCGUGACGCAAGAGAACCGCGCGUCCAGAAGAUUAUGGCUGGGUCUGAAGUACUACGAGAGUAAACCGGUCAUCACCAAAGCACAAAUGAUAUCGAAGCCGACGAAACGAGUCUGGCUGGAUAGCAGGGAUCUCGGGAGGAUUGUGCGGGGACACCAGGCCGGCGAGGUGAAGCCAUUGACCAGAGUGGGCGAAAUCAUGGCUGUCAGUACCGACCGAGGGCUGAUGGAGGCGAGAGAGUGCGUGGAGAGGAAGAUUGGAGGGCAACCCUUGUGCAGGGUGUGGUGAUACGACUAUAUGUACUAUGGGAGAAACUGUCAGAGAAGGGCAGCAAAGCCUCCUCCUCCUCCUCCUCCUCAUAUCAACAUCUACAGAUGUAUACUAUUGUACAGCCAGCGCAGCACAAAUGCGACUGUAGAAUACUAC